AUUUGUUGAACAAAAUUUUAUAAACUCACUGUUGGUCGCUUAUCAACAUUAUUUGUUUGGUUAUAUCUGGAUGUGCUUAAGAUCUUUUAAUGUGACUUAAUUAAUCUAUAUUUUUGUGUUGUUUUGUAAUUCAUGCGACUUUUAAAUAUUAAACAGAAAGCGCAAUAUUACAGGUUAUUUCCCUAUUACUAAUUUAGGGAAAGGUUGCAUUAGUCUGAUAAUCAGCAUUAAAGAUGCAUUAUUCAUCCAAUCGAUUUAAACUACAGAAAUGAUUUUUGCAGAUAUUCCUGUUUACUAAAUCAAACUUUAAACUAUUUACGGCCAUAAAAUCAAUCAUAUUGUUUCGAUAACAAUUCAGUGCAGCUGUUCUUACUCUCUUGUUAAGAGAAAGCAAGAGACUUGACUAGCUCAACCAGAGUUUACUUUUCUCAUGUGAUUAGCCAUAAACGACUGAUCUAAAUUAUGCAAGAGCGCCAUUCUACCGUUGAUCAAUUGAGUCCACAAACACCACUCGGAGCUAAAAAGAUGAGUGGACAAGGCGAAAUAUCUAAUGCAUCAAAGGUUGUCACUUCAUUGAUUGCUGGUGCAGUUGCUGGUGGUUUAGCCAAAACAAUAAUAGCUCCACUUGACAGGACAAAAAUUAAUUUUCAAAUUAAAAAUAUACCAUUUAGCUUCUAUGAAGCGUACAAAUUUAUUGUGAUAUCUUAUAAAGAGUCUGGAUUCACAAGUCUAUGGAGAGGCAAUUCAGCCACCAUGGCUCGUGUAUUGCCAUACGCUGCCAUUCAAUAUUCAUCGCAUGAACAAUUCAAAAGGUUACUAAGUGUUGAAACCAAUGAAGAUAAGAGGAAACAUCCAAUCAGGAGUUAUGUUGCUGGAUCUCUAGCAGGGGUUGUUUCGACCUCAUUAACUUAUCCACUUGAUUUAGCCAGAGCUCGAAUGGCUGUAACUCAUCGAGAGAAAUAUAAUUCACUUGGUGCCGUUUUCCGUAAAACAAUAAAACGAGAAGGUCCCGGGGCUGUAUACAAAGGGUACUUACCAACAAUAUUAGGAGUUAUUCCUUACGCUGGAACGAGUUUUUUCACUUACGAAACUCUUAAAAGAUUACAUCAUGAGCACUUUGGACCAUUAGAUCCCAAUCCAUUGGAAAGACUAGUGUUUGGUGCAAUAGCAGGCUUAUUUGGUCAAUCAGCUUCUUAUCCAUUGGAUAUUGUGAGAAGACGAAUGCAAACACAACAAGGAUCCAUGACAAUUACUGGAGUCCUUAAGAAGGUGCUUGUUGAAGAAGGAAUCAUCCAUGGAUUGUACAAAGGAUUGAGCUUAAAUUGGAUCAAAGGUCCUAUUGCAGUUGGAGUUAGCUUUACAACAUUUGACUUGGUUAGCAAAUUUUUAAGAAAUCUAUCUUUUUUUACCGAUUUCUGAGCUAUUUAUUAAUCUUCAAUAAUUUGGGAGAAAGCAGUGAAAUUAAUAAACAGUUGGAUCAUUGGACUUAUUCUUGAAACUGCUUGAAAUUGUGUUCAAUGAAAAUUCAACUCUCAGACAUCAUCAUCAACGCCUUUCUUAUGUCUUUCUGUCACAUUUCAUAAUGUAAAGAUUAAUUCGAUGAAACUCAAUUUUAUGUGUUUGCAAUUUGUUGCCAAUCGAAUUUCAAUUAAUUGUUACUGUAUACUUUAUUUUCUUUGCUAAAUAUUAUAUCUUAUAAUUGACGAUCUAUCAAAAUUUUGUUGAAAUUAAUGUAAUUUUUGUAUUUAAUUUUCAACUUGUUUUCCCUGCACACAAAAUAACCCACUUGUCUAAUUUAAAAAUGAUUCAACAGAA